CAUAGCGGAGGCAUGACCUGGUAUGGUGCCCUUUCGCCCGAAAGCUAAGGGUUUGUAUAAAUACAACUGCACAACUGCCUGCAUCUCCUCGAUAUUCCGGUAACUGGGAAUCAUCGAAAUCACUGACAUCGCGUGUCCCGCAAUCAUUCCUUCUCACCAUGAAGCUUUUCGCAAUUCUUACCACAGUCGUCGCUGCGGUCUCAGCCGCGCCGGCAGCGGCGGCGGCAACCCCCAAAGUUCUCAUUUGCUCUGAUAGCACAACAGCAAACUACGCUGAAGGAUCGGUUCUGCAAGGCUGGGGUUAUUACCUCAAAAACUAUCUGACCAUCGGCGUGAGCAAUCUCGCAGUGAACGGCCGAUCCACUCGAUCUUUCAUCAACGAAGGGAAAUGGAAAUCUCUCCUAGCCUCGACAAAUGCUGGCGACUUUGUCAUCAUCGAGAUGGGCCACAACGAUGACACCGAUCCAACGACUGACACGAAAGACCGCGGCACUCUCUCUGGCAGCGGCGAAGAAACUGUCGUAGUGACCACAUCAACAGGCGCCAAAGAGACAGUCCACACUUUCGGCUGGUAUCUCCGCAAGAUGAUCGCAGACGUGAAAGCCAAGAACGCAACACCCAUCAUUUCAGGCAUGGUCCCAAGAAACAGCUGGAAAGGCACCACCUUCAAGGCUGACUGGCCCUUCGCCACCACCGCCAAAGAGGUUGCGCAGAAGGCUGGCGUGCAGUAUGUCGACCACACCAAGUACUCGGUCGCUGCGUUCCAGGCCCUGGGUUCAACUAAGACUAAGACAUACUUCCCUAAUGACAACACGCACACGAAUCCGGCUGGCGCGCAGAUCAACACUAAGACGUUCGCGCAAUCUGUCAAGUGUGGAAGCAAGAUCACUCUCGCUUCUUACCUCAAUGCGGAUGGUAAAGCUGUCUCCUGUUAAGUAAGCCAGAGGUAGUGACGGGAAGCUUCGCAACGGUGUAGGAAGCUCUCUAACAUUGAAAUUACUAUUUUACUUUGUGGUUUCAUAGUUUGUCGAUUUCUUUGACAACGUUUCUGCCUCGCGACGUGAUCACUCUCUACUCUUUCUCCAAAACUGUUGCGUUCAUUGCGGUGGCUAUAAGGAGAAUGUUGGUACAAAAGAACCUACUAGUGCUAAUCUCUAUCAGCAGGCGACAUUAAAG